UUUACUGCCAUGUCCUCUGAAAAAGAGAAGCUCUUCGUGGGAGCCCACAACUUCAACACUGAUAAGCAGGCUCUGGAAGACCACCGCAGCAGCUUCAGACCUAUUUCUGAGGUGGUUAUUGUCAAGGACUGGGAAACUCAGCGAUCCCAGGGUUUUGGCUACAUCACUAUCACCAAUCCAGAGCAUGCCUCAGACGCCACGAGAGCCAUGAAUAGAGAGUCUCUGGAUGGUCGUCAGAUCCGUGUAGACCACGUGGGCAAGUUAGCCCUGGGGAACAAGAGGGGGUUCUUUGGGGCCUAUGGGCGUGGUCACAGUUACUCUAGAGGUCGUGGGGACCAGGGCUAUGGAAAUGGCAGGUAUGACAAUCAAUCUGGAGGAUAUGGAUAUGGAAGGUCCAGAGACUAUGGCGGCAGAAGCCAGGGUGGUCAUGACCGCUACUCAGGAAGAAAUUACAGGGACAAUUAUGACAACUGAGAUGAGGCA